AUGCCGCCUUCUGCACAUAGCUUUACCCAACUUGCUAACCAUACUUCUCGGGUACAACAAUGUGAAUCAAAUAAUCAUGAGCAAUUGGGUUCAGAUAAGCCUCCUUGCACCUCACGAACCUAUUCUGAUGCACACAUAAAGGUAUCUGAAAAACUCAAGGAGCUUGUGUUUCAGCAGAUGGGUGGAAAUCCCGUAGGAUUUCGAUGGCCGGGAUCGUCCAAAGACAGUCAUAACAACCAUGGAAAUGAAGAAAUAGAAAUGGUAAUCGAGAGACCGUAUGAUGACAAUCCAACUAACAAUAUUCAGGUGGUGGGGACCUGUAUUUGCUGCAGAAGUAGUCUUCGAUAUCCAAAAACAGUGCCAUGCUUUCGAUGUGUUGUUUGUCUGACCAUAAACGACUUGCAUCCAGUCCAUGGCAAGUUGGACCAUUCUCAAAAGGAAGAUAAUCCUUCAACCAUCUCAGCCGCACUUGUGUUUCAAAAGAUUAAGGAAACACGUUCCUGUCUAAAAAACGCUAGACGGAAAAAAGACAAACAGACAUAUACUAUGGCUAUCUUGUCUCUGCAACAAUUCCUUUCCCGUUUGUUUCGCAACUCAUACAUACUUCUGCAAACCUUUUCUACCACCGAACGCGUGUACAAAACCUGUGGGCUCAAUUUCAACGAUAUAUGGCUGAUGUAUGAACAACUCAUGAGUUUAGAUCCAUCUAUUAUGGAAGAGGUAUUGAAAGCGACCGACUGUUUGCUUCGACGACCGAAACAACACUGUUAUGAUAUUACUCAUUAUCGGUUUUUGUUAAUUCUCCUGGAGAAUCCACUCAUUACGUACAAUAACAGAGAUAAGAAGCAUAGCAAAUUGGGGAUAUUAAAGAGAAUUUUGGGAAUUCUUUCCAAUCUUGGAAAUGAAGCGCAUCGAUACUUCAUUUGCUGGUUUACACAAGGCCCAUAUCGGAAAGCCAGUUUUUUUCGGGAUAAGGUAGACCUUGUCAAUGGAUUUAUUGGACAACGGUUGUCUAAGCAGUGCGAACGAAUUCAAUACAACUAUUCUUAUAAUGCUGACUGGCAGAUUCGUGCUGCUGCCAUCAGCAUGGCCCUCUUGUAUGGAGCAAACUGCCAAAUGAAUCUUGUCGUUAAAAGCUCUUUUUACUGUACCAUGGUUGACUAUGUCAACCUGAAUAAAGAUUUUGAACUUUGGGAGCAAAAGAGAAAUUAUUUUACAUUCUGCCAGUAUCCUUUCCUACUUUCCAUGGGAGCAAAAGUGAAAAUUAUGCAAUUUGAUACGCGCCGACAAAUGGAGUAUCGAGCAAGGGAGGCUUUUUUCUCUUCUAUCCUUUCAAAAAAAGCAGUCGAACCUUAUCUUAUUCUUCGCGUAAGACGGAAUCAUCUCCUGGCCGACAGCUUACGACAAGUGAGCAAACCAGGAAUUGACCUUAAAAAAUCUCUUAAAGUCGAAUUUGUGAAUGAAGAGGGCGUGGAUGCUGGUGGACUAAAAAAGGAAUGGCUUUUGCUGCUUAGUCGUGAAAUUUUUGAUCCUAGUUUUGGGCUUUUUGAAAGUUAUCCUGAUGAACAGACGGACUAUGUUUGGUUCAAUACUGAUAAUGCUUCCGUCAACAAAGAGUACUAUCAUCUUGUUGGCGUGCUCAUGGGUAUGGCUGUCUAUAACUCGGUGAACCUUGAUGUAAGAUUACCUCCUGUGUGUUAUAAAAAGCUUCUAGGUCUUCCUCUUACUUUAAAUGAUGUGGCAGAAUUUCGACCAUCUUUAACUAAUGGACUCCGGGCGCUGCUGGAAUUCGAAGGAGACGUUGAAGAAACGUACGGAUUGAAUUUUACUAUUAACGUACCAACAGAAAGGGGGUACAAAACUGUGGAACUCAUCAAGGAUGGGUCAUAUAUAAGCCUCGACAAUAAAAACAAAAGGGAAUACGUGGUAGCUUAUUCCGAUUAUUUACUAAACAAAUCCGUUAAAUCUCCAUUUUCGACCUUUCAAGAGGGAUUUUUAAAGGUCUGCGGAGGAAAUGCUCUCUCGCUUUUUCAGGAGCAAGAGAUUGAAAAAUUAGUUAGGGGAAAUGAGGAACACAUCAAUUGGGAUUUGUUACGUGCAACGUGCACGUACGACAUGUAUAAUCGCGAGACGGUAUGUAGGCAAAGCGGCAGGGUGCAUGAGAGACGGUCUCACAUGCUUAAUAAUCAUGCUGUUCAAAAAACCCUUGCAAUUGCUUGGCUUUGGGAUGUAAUUUUUAGCCUCACAGAAGAAAAACAGCGAAGAUUACUCGUUUUUAUGACAGGAAGUGAUCGUAUUCCAGCAACGGGAAUUCAAAGUAUCCAGCUUCGAGUUUCUAUACUAGGACCAGAUACUGAGAAGCUUCCAAUUGCUCAUACUUGCUUCAACCAGCUAUGCAUCUGGGAAUAUUCCACCAAAGAAAAAUUAGAGCAAAAACUAAAUCGAGCGAUAUAUGAAACGAAAGGAUUUGGGCUUCGAUAG